ACAUCGUAUCCGGAGCACAUAAGCCAGACACGCUAAAAAUGCUGUUAAAUGCCAAAACUGCUAUUUCUACCUCUACAGUACUUCUCGUGCCCUACUCGAAAUGGCACGUGCCCCGCUACCACGAAUGGAUGAAAGAUGAAGAAAUCCAAGAAGCAACCGCCUCAGAACCACUGUCGCUGGAAGAGGAAUACGCCAUGCAACAAAGCUGGCGCCAAGAUGCAGACAAGCUAACCUUCAUCGUGUGCCAGCCCUCCCCCACAGGGACGGGCGGCUCCCCACUCCGCGACGACGAUGACAGCUCGGCGCGGAUGAUCGGGGACGUGAACCUCUUCCUGCGCGUCGACGACGGCGAGGAAGGGGAUGCGGACCCCCAGAUCAUCGGCGAGGUCGAGCUCAUGAUCGCGGAGAAGAGCAACCAGCGCAAGGGGUUCGGUAAGGCCACACUACUCUCGUUUCUGCGCUACAUCGCGGAUCACGAAGGGGAGAUCCUGGAGGAGUUUGUUCGAGGGGACCAGGCUGCUGCCAAGGCUCUAGGGAAGGCUGGCGUUAGUGGGUGGAGGCUGUCGUGUCUGAGUGUUAAGAUUGGGCAGGGGAAUGGGCGCAGCUUGGGCCUGUUUGAGGGCGCGGGGUUUCGGAAGGUGUCGGACGAAGCGAAUUAUUUUGGCGAGUUCGAGCUCAGACGGAUGGAUUUGAGUCGAGACAGUGUGGAUCAGGGUCUGGAGAGGGCGGGGGUCGAGGGAUAUGUUGAGAUGGAGUAUCAUCGGCGUGCGUAGUGGGC